CCUUCCCUUCCAUUUCCCUCCCAGCUCUGCCAAUCGGUUCCAACCUUCACAAAGGAAAGAACACAAACCUCUACAUACCUUUUUGGAAGCCCCCCGGAUCCCAAGCAAAAAUGUACACAGCAACAGAACUCUACCCAAAUGAGCACGUCACCAGGGCCGUUCACGAAUACUGUAUUGCUCAUUCCACGCCCUUGCCAGGCGUCGUGGACCAGCACCGUACAAAGUCUAUUGAUUUUGCACGUUCAGUUGGAAUGGAUCCUUACAUGAUGGUUAAUACACUUCAGGCUCAAUUUAUGCUUUUUUUCGCAAAGUUGAUUGGGGCCAAGAAGGUGCUCGAGGUUGGGACUUUUACCGGGUAUUCGGCAUUGGCUUGGGCGGAAGCUAUCAAAGGGCAGGAGGGUGCCAAGCUCGUGUGCUGUGACACCCCCGGCCCCCACACCGAAUUUGCUAAGGCGGCCCUACUCGAAGCCGGGUUUCCCGACACAUUCGUUACUUUCCUCGAGGGCGACGGCGUCGAGAGCGUGAAAUCUCUCCCCGCGGACCAAUUCGACAUAAUCUUCCUCGACGCCAACAAAAACGGUUACCUUCCCGCGGUUGAAACAAUCCUCUCCCGAAACCUCCUUUCUCCCCGCGGCGUCGUGAUCGCUGAUAACGCCCUCAGGCAAGGGCUCGUCGCGGAUGAUACGGAGAAGAACCCUAAUUCGUUUGAGUUGGACAGCACGAGCGUCGCUAGCUAUAAGUAUAUUGAUGAGUUCAACAAGUUUGUGAGGGAUCACGAGCAGUUGGAGCAGGUUAUGUUGCCGGCUUUUGAUGGGUUGAACAUCAUUCGAUUGAAGCAGUAGUGGUACAGAACUGGAUUGUGGCAUUGAUUUUUGGACUUGUAUUCUCUCCUCUCUUGUAUAAUGUUUUGGUGAUCAGUGUGGGCGGGUGAUAGAAACCAUUAUACAAGUAUAUCCUUGUGCUGAAAA